AUGGAGAGCCGAUUGAAAGUGGCGCGCCACCUGGAGCCGUGGCGGGACCUUACCGGCAAGGUGGCGAUGGUGACCGGAGCGUCGUCGGGGAUCGGCCGAGAGAUCAGCCUCGACUUGGCAAAGGCCGGCUGCAGAGUCAUCGCCGCCGCGCGCCGUGUUGACCGGCUCAAGUCGCUCUGCGACGAGAUCAAUGGAGCCGGCUCCGGUACGCCGCUCCGAGCAGUGGCCAUUGAGCUCGACGUUAGCGCGGAUGGUCCGGCUAUUGAGGCGGCCGUUCAGAGGGCUUGGGACGCGUUUGGCCGGAUCGACGCACUGAUUAACAAUGCCGGCGUUAGAGGUCGAGUACACACACCAUUGGAUCUAACAGAGGAAGAGUGGAAUGAUAUCACAAAAACAAACCUAACUGGCGCAUGGUUGGUCUCAAAAUAUGUUUGCUUGCGCAUGUGUAACGUUAAGCUUGGAGGAUGUAUCGUCAACAUCUCUUCCCUUGCUGGGCUUAGCCGUGGGCAGGCACUAGGAACCCUUGCCUAUGUUACUUCAAAGACUGCUCUUAACGCAGUCACAAGGGUGAUGGCACUUGAAUUGGGAGCAAACAAGAUAAGAGUGAACUCCAUCUCGCCAGGGCUCUUCAAAUCCGAGAUAACGCAGGGUCUCAUGCAGAAAGAUUGGCUCAAUUACGUUGCUCUCAGGAUUGUACCUUUGAGAACAUUUGGCACGUCAAAUCCUGCACUGACGUACGUUACUUAAUCCAUGACUCCAUUUCUGAAAAUAUUUACAUAGUUGACGCUA